UCAUUUCUGACUGAAACCUGAAACAGAGUUUAUAAUAUAAACAAUCAUACUCGUGAAAAAUCAAACAAAUUAGUAUUAUAAGUUGGCAGUGGUUUCGCUUUUUCUUGAUGCGGUAUAUUUUUGAUUUUUGUGAAUUUUAAGUUAAUAACAUUAUAUUUAUUGGAAGAUUGCUGUUAAAAAUGCCGCGAGGGAAGCCUAAGGCAGCUAAGACAUUGUCUAAAGAUGUAAUAAAACCCGUAACUGACCAGAAGGAUAACAAUGAUAAAGUUACAGAAUUGGUUUUAAAGUCUGAGCCAUCUGAUGAAACUGAACCUACUACAAUUAGUGGAACUGUACCAGAUUUGAAUCAGUUUAAGUUUCAAAAGAAGCCACAUGUUAAAAUUGAGUUUGAGGUGGAUUCCCCUACAAAACAGGAAGGAGGUGGUCUCUGGGAGCCUCCAAAUUGGAGGGAGUUUUUGCUAAAUUUACGGAAUAUGAGAUCAAACAAUGAUGCACCUGUGGACUCCAUGGGCUGUCAUAUGGCGAUGGAUGAAAAUGCACCUCCUGAGGUAAUGAGGUAUCAAAGCCUAAUAGCCCUUAUGCUAUCCAGUCAGACAAAAGACCAGGUCACAUUUGCAGCAAUGGAACGUUUGCGAGCCCGUGGACUUACUGUAGACAAUGUCUUGAAUAUGACUGAUGAAGAAUUGGGGAAGUUGAUAUAUCCAGUUGGAUUUUGGAAGACAAAAGUGAAGUACAUAAAAAAGACAACACAGACCCUGAAAGAACAGUACAACAGUGACAUUCCAGACUCAGUUGAAAAGCUGUGCAAACUGACUGGAGUGGGGCCAAAGAUGGCACAUAUUUGUAUGAAAGUUGCAUGGAAUAAAGUCACUGGAAUUGGUGUUGACACCCAUGUGCAUAGAAUAAGCAACAGAAUUGGAUGGGUAAAGAAAACUACAGCAACUCCUGAAGAUACUAGGAAAGCAUUACAGUCAUGGCUCCCUUUUGAAUUGUGGAGUGAAGUCAAUCAUCUCAUGGUGGGAUUUGGUCAGACAAUUUGUUUACCCAUUAGUCCCAUAUGCAAUGAAUGUUUGAAUAAAGAUAUAUGCCCCUCAAGUGGUAAAGGGAGGACUCCUAAGAAAUCACCAAUGAAACAAGAAAUCAAAGCAGAAGUUUCAGAAGAUAAAGUUUUUGAAGAGAAAAAAGACAUUCCUAUUUUUAAGAUUGAGCCAGCUCAGCCAAAGAAAAAGAAAGUUACCCCUAAAAUAGAGCAACACAAUGAAACUAGUGAUCAAACCAAUUUAAUAAAUAAGAAAACAAACAAAAGCAAAAAAGUAAAUGAUAAAAAUGUACCCGAGAAUGAAAGUAUUAAUGAAUUUGACAAUUUUAAACUACCUGAUAAAGUUUUGAAGAGUCCGAAAAUCAAAGAUAAAAUUGAAUUGGAUAAUAAAAGGUCUCCUAUGAAAAGAAAAUCACCACGUAACAAGGUGACUGAAAAUCUAGAUGUUGAAAAAAGCUCUCUUGAGUCAGUUGUUCAAAAGAAAAGAACAAGGGUUGUUAAAAAGUGAAAGAAAUGUGAUGAUUUUGUAAGGAAUGUUUCAAUUUUGCGUUUCUUACCUGUUAUUGUUUUUUGAAUCUGUUAAACAGAUUGAAUGUUAAUUUGUUAAGAUAAAAUUUGAGUACCUUAUUAGUUAUAAUCAUGUGAUCUAAUUUUAUUUUUCUUAAUUGCCAAUGCAUGUUAUUAUAAGAAAUAAAAGAAUAUAAACAUUCAAA